GAGCCAGCCUAAAAACGUAAAUGACGAAAAUAAAUAAUGACAUUUCCAUACUAGUACAUUUGACAACUUCAUGAACUUGGCGGAAAGACGAGGACCUCUAUGUUUAUUAAUUAUCUUUUUCGACAUAAGUAGUAUGUAAGUAAUUAUUGAUUCGUGUAGGCCACUUGUGCAGCAUUCCAUUUGAUGUCAUCAUGACGUCAGAGAGCGAUUCCGAUGAGUUUUACGAUGCAGAAGAUGCGGAACUUUCGCAAGCUCCCGGCUCGAGCCCGGCCAGAAAGGCCAAGAAGCCGGCUGCAAUCUCCGAGUUUGAGGAAGAACUUCACCGUCUGGCCAAGGAGCGACGGUUGGCGGAGGAACGCAGGAAGCAGGAAGAGGAGGCCCUCCAGAGGAAGAUAGAAGAGAUCCAAGCCAAGAAACAAGAGGAGGAACAAAAAGAAAGACAGCGUCUCUUGGAGGAGCAAAGAAAGAGAGAGAAGCAGAGAGAGGAAGAAGAAAGACGCAAACAGGAGGAGGAAGAGCGAUUACUGGAACAGCAGGAGGCCGAACAGCGGAGAAUUGAAGCAGAGAAGAGACGCAAGCGCUUGGAAGAGAUGCGAAUGCGGGAAGACCGGGCCGGACACAGCAGCAGGUUGCCAUCAUCUGGAGACCAAGACCCAUCCAAAGAUGUCUCAAAACCUUCCCUGGGUGGAUCAGAGACGGGCACCUCAGUGGACGAAACAUCAAACCAACAAACAGCCAGCCCCCAAGACGAUGAUGUUCGGGAACCGGGGCUAGCCAAUCGGAACGUCCAGCCCGACGUGAUCGCCAGCAUUAGGGAGAGGCCAUCUGCAUUGCCCAUAGGGUCUGGGUCGCAAGGUGACAUGGCCCCACCCGUUGCUCCGCCCAGGAAGAAGAAGAAACCAAAGUCUACGGAAACUCCAACACCGGAAAUAAAGGAUCUACAGGCUAAGGCGGAAAUGACAGCAGAAACACCAGCAAGCCAUAAGGAGGCGGCAUCGGUCGGUUUGCCCCCCGAGCCCAGCUCGUCUGGACGACCACUGAGUGGUCUCCUGACGCCAACAACCACGAUCGAAUCGUUGACCAAGGAGUUGGAGCAUUCCCUGGACCUGGCCAGUGCCACCAGUGAUGCCGUCGUCUUGCAUUUGGAAACGCAGAGCAUCAAGGGUGAGUCCCGGGCCGAGGUCUUGGAAGCCUUGAAGACGCCCUCCGGUCCUCCUCCCCCGAAGCCGCCUCGGAGCCGAGGUGGAACCCCGCCCACUGAGGGGAAGGGAAGCAAAGGGGGCACCCCGGAGACAGACGUGCUGGCCCAGUAUUCCGCCUUGAUGAAAGGACGAUCAGCAAAAGGGGAACUGCUUACAGAUGAAGAGAUACUCUCUCAGGUGACAGUCAGAAACCUGGACACAGGAGACACAGUUCCCCUCUUAUUGGCUGAGGAAAGCUUACCCCAGUGUAUCAACCCGCUGGCUCUGCACAUUAUGAGACUGACCUCCGAGUAUGUCAGUAAUUCUAGUCUUGACAAGGAGGGUGGUAGCGACGGAGAGAAGACGAAAGCAGCCGCCCAAGGAGUCAAGAAAUCCAAAUCGAAGAGAAGGACGUUUAAGAAAAUGCUGUCCAAGCUCAAGAAUGUCGCAGAUGAGGCUUUCAGACAUGAAGAGCAGGAAUCCAGCGACGAGGAAUCGCUGCCGGAUUCAAGAAUCGUGAAGAUGAAAGCUGCGAGCAGUAACAAGGGCCCCUAUGACUUUGACCAGCUGAGACUGGCUCAGGACCUGGGCCGAGAGCAUGCUGGGGCAGUGUGGACCAUGAAAUUCUCGCCUUGUGGUCGCUUACUGGCAACGGCUGGUCAGGACAGGAUCUUACGUGUCUGGGUUCUCCAGGAUCACUAUAAGUACUUUGAUGACAUGAGGCAGCGCUAUAGCAACGAGGCAAGGGAGCAGGCACAAGAGGGCAGCAACUCUGAAAAGGAUUCGUCUUCGGACCCGGAGAGGGAGCGGUCGGGAUCAGAGGAUGCGGCAGAAGAGCCACAAGACACCAAGAAGGAGGCGGAAGCCCCUCCCCCAGGGGGUGACGGUCAGCCGGACACACCCAUCAGAGAGAGCGCCCUCGACGACGAGAUGGCCGUCUUUGCCAGGUCGCCGUUCUUUGAGUACUCCGGUCACACGGCUGAUGUGCUGGAUGUCUCAUGGUCCAAGAACUACUUCAUCCUGUCAUCUUCCAUGGAUAAGACGGUGCGGCUGUGGCACAUCUCACGCAGCGAGUGCCUCUGUUGCUUCCAGCACAUUGACUUCGUCACCGCGAUUGCUUUCCACCCAAGGGAUGAUCGUUAUUUCCUGAGUGGUUCGCUGGACGGCAAGCUUCGACUGUGGAACAUUCCAGACAAGAAGGUUGCCCUGUGGAACGAGGUGGACGGACCCACCAAACUCAUCACGGCGGCCAACUUUAUUCAGAACGGUCGGUUCUCCGUCGUGGGCACCUACGACGGGAGAUGCAUCUUCUACGAUACCGAGCACUUGAAAUAUUACAGCCAGAUUCACGUGCGAUCUACCAGAGGGCGUAAUGCCGUAGGAAGGAAGAUCACAGCCAUUGAGCCCCUACCUGGUCAAGAUAAGAUUUUGGUGACUUCCAAUGACUCCCGGCUCAGGCUGUAUGACCUGCGUGACCUCUCGCUGACCUGCAAGUACAAAGGUUGCACCAACAUCAGCAGUCAGAUCAGAGCCUCCUUCAGCCAUAACUAUCGGUACAUCGUCUGUGGAUCAGAAGAUCACUGCAUCUACAUCUGGAAGACCAACUAUGACUUUGCUAAAUUCACUUCGGUGCGCAAAGACCGCAACGACUUCUGGGAAGCAAUCAAAGCUCACAACGUCGUCGUCACCACGGCGGUUUUCUCACCCCAGCCCUCGCUAGUCGUCAAGCCGACAGAUGCAGACAAGCCCCCCUCCUCCUCGGACGCUGCUGCCCUGCCCAUCUCAUCAGACUCCAAGGAGAGCCCUACCACCAGGGCCAAGCGCGAGAUCAUCCAGGGCAAGGUGGAGACCAAGGCGGAGAAGAAGAGCUCGCUGAAGCGUGUCCUGGAUCAAGGCGAGCUGCUGGUGUCUGGCGACUUCAACGGUGCCAUAAAAGUCUUCAUCAGAAGACCCAAACUUUAAAGGUUUACAGAAAAUGCAAACAUUUUUUAUCUACAGAAUGAUUCUGAAGCUAUCAUAAUGAACGAAUGCUAAAGCCACCAUUUAUUAUUCCCCUACCAUGAAUCGAAUACAUGGUAAGAAAUGAUGCCUCGCAGUAUUUUUCAAAUGGUGGAUUUGUCACUUUGGGGGAAGUUAAAAGCAGUUCUGUGGAACGUCGCUAAACUGAACACCGCUGUACCGAACAUUCGGCUAUAUACCGAAUACUGUCUUCGGCUCCCGUAUCGAACAUAUCAUAUCAUAAAAUACCAACAGAAGAGUGACAAGUGGCUAUUAUUUCCUCAAGGAAUAGAAGGGGAAAGCCACCUAUUGCUGUAGGUAGUAAGCUAAAAAAACUGUGUCAUUACAUAGUGUUAUUCAGUAGUCGGCACUUGUUCAAAGUCAUCUUUCAGUAACUACCAGGGUGUACAGCCUGAAGUUCUGAAGGGCGCCAUUUAUUGAAAAGUGAGUACCGGAGCACUGGCAGCUUAAAAUCGCUACACCAAACGAUCACUAUUACGAACAAUUUCUGUGGAUCCCGCGAUGGUCGUUAUAGCUGCGUUCCACUGUAUUGAGCUUAUCCACAACAGACAAACUUGAGGCUGUCAUCGCAAGUAUUUUGAGAACUUAAAACAGUGUUGGAAUAAACACAAUACAAACA